AUGUGUUUAUGGGUAAUUUGGACUGAUCACAAUAACAUUGUUUUCGAAAAUCAACGGGUGAGCCCGCAAAAUCUGUUUCGUUGUGUGUAUGAGCGUAGGAACAGUAACCCAUCUAGACAGGAGCGUGUUAGUCAAGUCAUGCCAACUACUAUCUGGCAAGCUCCGCCGGUUAACUCCAUUAAGGUAAAUACUGAUGCUGCAGUUGCUAUUCAUAAGAACUUGUCUGUUGCGGCUGCUGUGUGCAGAAAUAGUAGGGGAAUAGUGGUUAAGUAUGGGGUGAAAAUCUUACACGAUGUUGUUACUGCGGAGCUGGCAGAAUCCUAUGCCGUUCUGAUGGGGUUGCAAAUGGCUGUGGAUAUUCCGGUGGUGAAGCCAAUAGUUGAAGCUGACGCGCUAACUGUUAUUAACAGGCUGCAACAACCGGAUAAUGCUAUAGAUCAUACACAGCUCAUAGUGGAUGAUUGUAUAGACAUCGCUAGGGGUAGAGAUGUUGUCUUCCAACAUAUCCGUAGAGAUGGUAACGUUGUUACUCACGCGCUUGCCAAAUGGGGCAUUUUCUUUGGUAAAGAUAGAUCUUUUGACGGUGAAGUUCCGUUCCCAGUCAAUGAGCUUGUAACUUUGUCUUCUUAG